AUGCUUUGGAAUACCGCUUGUAGAAUUAGAGGUGUUCUCGCUCUAAUCGUCGGUGAUUCUAAGUCCGAUACUCUUCACACAGCAGCUCUGAAGAAGCCCGGGUUCCCCAUCCCUGGUCCUGACCCUGAUCCUACUCGUGUUCCUACUCCUGAUCCUAGUACCACUCCUACUUCUGAUCCUACUCCUUAUCCUACUCGUGAUCCUUCCCCUGAUCCUACGCCUGAUCCUACUCCUACUUCUACUCCUAUUUCUACACCCAUCCCUGAUCCUACUCCUAAUCCUACUCCUGAUCCUACUCCCGAUCCUACUACCAGUCCGACUUCUGAUUCUACUCCUGAUCCUACUCGUGAUCCUUCUCCUGAUCCUACUUCUGAUCCUACUCGUGAUCCUACUCCUGAUCCCACUCCCACUCCUACAUCUGAUCCUACUUCCACUUCUACUUCUGUUCCUACUCCUAAUCCUACUCCCACUCCUACUUCCGAUCCUCCUCCUGAUCCUACUACUCCUAUUCUAUUAAAUAUUAUGUAA